UUAGGCAUCUAAAUUAAAGACAGUUAAUGACUUUGAGGACCCUAGCUGUGCAGAAAUCAAAAUGGCGUCGACCCUUUUGGGUUUUGCCACUCGUUCGCUCGUUUCUAACGGCACUUUGCUCAAACGUGUCAUACCCCAGACGGCGGCAGCCUUACAGGUGACUAGAGGGGGUAAGCAAUGGCAUCCAUCAGUUGAAGACGUUCAGGAAACAGCUGGUGCAGUCCUCUACACAGACCCGAAAGAGCCAAAUAGAUGGGCCAAAGAUAUCAAACCAUGGAGCUCACGAGAUCCCACCCCAGAUAUAGAGGUCUCCAACUUGACGGUGAAUUUUGGACCUCAGCACCCAGCAGCUCAUGGUGUACUUCGGCUAGUCAUGGAACUCAGCGGAGAGAGUGUCAAGAGAUGUGACCCCCAUAUCGGACUGUUGCAUCGAGGAACAGAAAAGCUCAUAGAGUACAAGACCUACUUGCAGGCACUUCCGUAUUUUGACCGUUUGGACUAUGUGUCCAUGAUGUGUAACGAGCAGUGCUAUUCGCUGGCUGUGGAGAAACUACUUGGCAUAGAAAUCCCUGAGAGAGCCAAGUUUAUCAGAGUGAUGUUUGGUGAGAUCACAAGAAUCUUGAAUCACAUCAUGGGAGUGGGAACCCAUGCCCUGGACGUGGGAGCCAUGACACCCUUCUUCUGGAUGUUUGAGGAAAGAGAGAAGAUGAUGGAGUUCUAUGAGCGCGUGUCUGGAGCCCGUAUGCAUGCUGCUUAUGUUCGGCCUGGAGGUGUGCAACAGGAUCUUCCCCUGGGUCUGAUGGAUGAUAUCUAUGACUUCAUCACCAAGUUUGCCCAGCGGGUUGAUGAGGUGGAGGAGAUGCUGACCAACAAUCGCAUCUGGAGGAACCGCACCAUUGACAUCGGAGUCAUCUCUGCAGAGGAUGCCAUCAACUAUGGGUUCAGUGGUGUGAUGCUGCGUGGCUCAGGAAUCAAGUGGGACCUGCGGAAGGUCCAGCCGUACGACGCAUACGACCAGGUGGAGUUUGAUGUGCCAAUCGGGAGGAAGGGAGACUGCUAUGAUAGAUACUUGAUCCGUGUUGAGGAGAUGCGACAAAGCUUGCACAUCAUUCACCAGUGUUUGAACAAGAUGCCUGAAGGAGAGAUCAAGGUGGACGAUGCGAAGAUUACCCCUCCCCGACGUGCUGAGAUGAAGGAGUCCAUGGAGGCCCUGAUUCACCACUUCAAACUGUACACAGAGGGUUACAUGGUGCCUCCUGGGUCAACCUACACUGCUAUAGAGGCACCUAAGGUAUGUUCCUUAUCUGAGGUAUACUGUCAGGUGUAAAGACAUAGAGUUAUC